AAAAAUAGUGAAUAUUUCUAAUUCUACUCGUUCACUUUUUUUCAAAUUCUGUCAGAAAAGCAAUUCUCUCAAACCUAAAACCAUGCCGUUCUUAACAAAAACAAUGUAAUUUUUUUAAUAAUACAUAUUUAAAUUUGGGUGUUAUAAAUUUUUAUGAUCGGGAGGAAAUUAUGGUGACGGGGAUCAAUAUGAUAAGCCCGCUACGCUAUUGUACCCACAUAAAACACAUAAACUAUACUCCAAUAGUAUUCAAUCAUCCAAAUGUAGGAUACGUAUUCAGUGGCCUAGUCCAUUGUGUAAACUAUUCACAAGACAAGAAAGGGUGUUGUAAAGAUAUCGUGCAGACUACUGGGAAAAAAGUAGAGCCAUGGCCCAAAACGUACCCGCCGACCACCCCGUGGCGGGCCGAGUGCUCGCACGAGCCGCAGCCUCCCAACUACGACCCCUACAAAAUUAAAGUCCCCGAUGUUGUCGUGCCGCCUCUACCGGCCAGCAAUGUUAAGCCUAUGCUCGACUGCGCGCGGCAGAGGGGCCCCUGUUCGUUGAAGCCGGUGCCGCCGGAGCCGCCGCCGCCGCCGCCUCCACCUCCGCCAUUUCCUUGGAUUUAUUUGUGGGCUCUGUUGUCGUUUUUUGGUGCGUUUGGUAUGUACGUGACACAUAACGCUCAAUCCGCCGGACGAGUGGCCACAUUAAUCCAAACCUUAUACUCAUUCUUCUACAAGGGUGCAAUGAGACUGGCGUAUAAAUUGUAUUUGUGGAGAGAAAUGGCUGAGGUUGCGAGUGAAAAAAUUGUAUGGCGGCCGCGUCGGAAGAUCAGACGGCCGUAUCACGACAGGGAUCUGCCGCCAUGUGUGCAGUAUCUCAUUAUAGGCACCGGGGCCGCCGGUUGGGCCGCAUACAGAUCUAUCAUGCAGCACGACAAACGCGCCAAGGUGUUCUUUGUAACGAAAGAAGACUCGGUACCGUACCAGAGGCCGCCUCUCAGUAAAGAGAUGUGGCUAAACCCGGACCCGCCAGACCCGAAAGUUUUGACUUACAUCCAGGACGAUAAGAGAAAAACGAUGCUAAACGCAGAGUGCAGAGAAUUUUUGGACGCAGUCGCAUUUUAUCGGAAGAAAAGAGGUCCGGCGGUGUCCAUUGCGUCGGGAUGGUGCGUGACGAGGAUCGAUGCGGAUGACCACGUGGCUUACGUCAAAACAUUGAGCGGCGAACGUCCUAUAUACUACGAGCGCUGUCUUCUCGCACCAGGUGUAAAGGCCAAAAAUCUAUCGAUUGUCAAAUCUGCACCGAAACAAGUAAGGGAAAGAGUGUGCACAUUGAGAACAAUCAGAGACUUUGAGAUAGCGUACAGAAAAGUAAAAGAGGCGAAUCAUGUGACAGUGAUCGGCGCCGGUCCAUUGGGCUGUGAACUGGCGUGGCAUCUCGGCAGGAUGAACAAGAUAUUUCCUCGAGAAGACACUCCUCCACUUGAACUGGUGCACGUGUACAAGGACAAGGGUAUACUGUCAGGCAUCCUGCCGGAGUACCUCGGCGUCUGGGCCUCGGAGCACAUCAAGUGCGAGGGCGUCAAACUCGUACCCAACGCACAAGUGUACGAUGUAUUCGAGUCAAAAGACGGACGGCUUGAGCUAACGCUAUCAAAUGGACAGUCCAUUGUCACAGACUAUGCGUUCGUGGCGAUAGGUGCGGAGCCGCGCAUAGAUUUGGCAGAAGAAUCGUUUCUGGAGCGGGACGAUGUCAACGGUGGCUACCUCGUCAACACGGAGCUUGAGGCGCGCACGCAUCUCUACAUCGCAGGGGACGCGGCGAGCUACUACUCGCAGUGGAAGGACACGCGGCUGCGCACCGACCACUACAUCAACGCGGAGGAGCAGGGCUUCAUCGCCGGCGCCAACAUGACCGGCUACUGGAUCCCCUGCAACAUGGAGCCCAACUUCUGGGUCAAGCUCGGAGAUUCGCUGCAGAUGGAGGUGGUUGGUGAAGCCGGGGCUUGUUUGCCCAUCGUGGGUCUGUUCAAGGACUGCAACGACGAGGAGUCUGAAAAGGAAGCAGAGAAAAUAAUGGGUCCAGAGGAAAAGAGGAAGUGCUUCAUUAACAAGAAAGCGGACUACUUCAACAGAUACAAGCGCGGGCUGUUGUUCUACCUGCGGGAUGAGACCGUGGUCGGCUUCGCGUUCUGGAACAUGCCACCCAUCGAGGACCGCAAGGCCGUCGCCACAGAGCUACUUCGCGCGAAGCCGACGUAUCACGACAUCAACUUGCUGGCGGAGCUGCUCGGCUUCCCCGGGACACUGUGCGUGUACCCGACUGCUGCUGAAGAGAUUAAGAAAGCAGGGCCUUGUCUUAAGAACGUCAAGAAAUGGUAAAAAAAUCCAAAGAAGAUUUACUUCGUAAAGUUUAAUACAAAAGUAUGCGUAAAAUUUUUAAUUAUAUUGUAAUUUUUUUUAUUAUAUUGUAAAUUUUUUAUUAUAUUGUAAAUUGUAA